GUGGAUCGGGUGCGCGGGGGCCGACACCGGUAGCUAGCUAGUGUAGCUAGAUGUGAAGGAGGAGAAGAAGUGUCGUAGGACUAUGGACCCGGUGAACAAUGCAGAGACAGGAGAGACAGAAACCGAACUGGAGCCGUGCUACGUUCUCAUUCCGAAAGAAACGCGGUGCAAGAAGAAGGAGCAGGAAAAACUGUCCGGAGUCGUCAAGAACGUCCAUAGAAAACUGCGAAGAAAAUACCGAGAAGUGGGGGAUUUUGAGAAGAUCUGGCGAGAGCACUGUGAAGAUGAACAGACUCUGAGUGAAUACGCCCUGGCCAUGAGGAACCUGGCUGACAACCACUGGGCCAAGACCUGCGAGGGAGAGGGGCGCAUCGACUGGUGUCGCAGUGUUUGCCAGGAGUAUUUUCAGGAUGGUGGGAUGAAAAGAAUGUUGGAGAAGGAUGAGAAGAGUGCCAGGCUUGCCAUGGCCAUGUCGGCCACAGCUCUGAGUGACCAGCCCUAUAGCUCCUCUAUCCCCAGGUCUGUCCCCCAGCUUGGUAAAAUGCGGCUGCUGGACGUUGGCAGCUGUUUUAACCCCUUCCUGAAGUUUGACGAGUUCCUCACAGUCGGUAUUGACAUAGUGCCUGCGGUCGAGAGUGUAUACAAGUGUGACUUCCUCAACCUCCAGCUCCAGCAGCCUCUGCAACUGGCUGGCGACACAGUGGAAGCCUUCCUGAGACAGCUGCGUAGCCCCAUCGACGCCCUGCCUGCCCAGCUCUUCCACGUGGUGGUCUUCUCCCUGCUCCUCUCCUAUUUCCCCUCGCCUUACCAGCGCUGGAUCUGCUGYAAGAAGGCCCACGAGCUGCUGGAACUGCACGGCCUGCUGCUCAUCAUCACCCCAGACUCCUCCCACCAGAACCGCCACGCCCUCAUGAUGCGCAGCUGGCGCGUGGCGGUGGAGUCACUUGGCUUCAGGCGCUGCAAGUACAUCAAGUUCUCCCACAUGCACCUCAUCGCCUUCCGCAAGGUGUCCCUGGCCACCACCAGCGACCUGGUCAGCCGUAACUACCCCGAGAUGCUCUACAUCCCUCAGGACUUCCAAUCCCCCGAGGAGGAGGACUACACCGACGUGCCAGUUCAGGCGCGCUCCGACUUCGAGGACGACCAGCUGGCGUGGGGCUUCAUGGAGCUGCCCGACACGCCAUAUGACUCGGAUAGCGGAGAGAGCCAGAGCAGCUCUGUGCCCUUCCUACACGAGCUGGAGGACCCCAUUCUACUGCAGAGCUGAGCUAGACCAGCUAAAACCCUACUAGCUACUCUCUUCUUCUCUUUUACCAGUUCCAAUUCGAUCCCUACCACUCCUCUUGGCCAUAACCCUUCAAUGUUUACAGAUCUGUAACGUGGAAGCAAUAUGGGUGACGCUUUAACGCCACACUACUUAUACCUAUCCAGAGCCUUCAGACAUGCAACAUCGAGUGGUUAGGCCCAAGGGGGAGGGAUACAGUCUGUCUGUACACAACUGCUGCGCUACCAAAUGAACCUGCUGCAUUCUUCUCACACUCCUCCUCUUCCUUAACUAAACAAUGCAGUUUGCACAGAGUGAAAGAAAAAGACGUUUACAGAAGUCAGUUAAUUUUUUCGGUAUCUUUGAUGGUUAGUCACUCAACACAACACAAUACACACACACACACACUUCAGUAAAUAAGGUAGUUUUUAAAAAUAAAAACUUGGUCGCUGAAUACUGAGACUGAGUAAGUCUGCCCCUUGKUUUUUUUAUCCCAUCUUUGAUCUCACUCUACUAACAGAAGAAAAGCAAUCUUUACUCCUUCAAAGGCUUUUUCUUAGUAGUUAAACAGUGAAUGUGCUUCAGUACCAGCAAGCCGCUGACUUUAAAUCCCUCUUAAAUGGACUGAUACCACAGAGGUUUGUCAAGUUUGGUUGGAGUGGAGCGAUUGAGAUGUUAGUCAGAUGAGGCUAGACUUUCUCUAAUUCUUGGUGUGCAUUUUAAUUUUUUAAAUUAAGAAAAAUACAUUGUACCCUCAGCCAAAAUGUUUUGAUUUGUUCCCUUUUGAACACGUGUCUUGUCCAACACGAUGUGUGACAAUGGCGUUUUAAUUCAGCA